UCACGGUUGUAACCUCCAAGGAAGUCGUUACGACACAGGGCUGGAGCAACCAUCUCGGCCAACGGAGCGUCGAGGCAGCGAAGUCCAAGAAACAACUACGAUUAAUACAACGACGGCGGCGACAAUAGCGAAAACACCAAGACUAACCGUUAGUACCACUGUCGCUACGGCUACUUGUGCAGGCAAAAAGACGAAGAGAACCGCCUCGGCUUCUGAAACGCAGUUUACAGCAACCGCGAAAAGAUGGGGGACGAGCUCGGGAAUAUCGCUGUUGUCGUCGUGGGCGAUUUCGGUCGAUCCCCGCGAAUGCAAUACCACACGCUUUCGUUAGCUAAUCACGGAUACAAUGUUUCUGUGGUGGCAGCACAGGGCUCACCGCCUAUUAGGCAAUUGCAGAAUCACGAUAAAGUCCACAUAAACCUUAUAAAAGAUCUGCGCCUGUUAUUUUGGCCGCGUCUCCUCCGCUAUGUGACUAAAACGGUCUUCCAGACCGUGAUGCUGUUGUGGCAUUUACUGAUUCGAAUACCUCGACCUCGAGCAAUUCUUGUUCAGAACCCCCCAAGCGUUCCGGCUGUCCCUUGUGUGUGGCUUGCUUGUAAAAUUCGCGGAGCAAAGUUUAUUGUUGACUGGCACAAUUACGGCUUCACCAUCCUAGGUAUGAGCUUGAGAGAAGAAAGCAUUCUUGUGAAACUGUACCGAUUUAUCGAAUUUUAUUUUGGGGCAAAGGCCGAAUGCGGGUUCUGCGUAUCCGAAGCAAUGAAGUCCGACCUAGCUAGUAAGGGCAUAGUAAAUAUUACUGUUCUACACGACAAGCCACCGGCAAGGUUUCAACCCAUUGAAUGGGGCAAACAGGAAUGUUUGAAAAAAGUACACGAAGUGCUGGUCAGGCUAUCAGUAACGCCUGGCAUUUCAGGAAUGCCAGAUUUGGCCGAAAGUGCCACUAAUACGGUACUCACGAGGCGAGAGCCUUCUGGAAAAGUGAUACUCAAACCGCGGACUGAACGACCACUGCUCCUGGUUAGCACCACAUCAUGGACAGAGGACGAAGAUUUCGGCUUGCUCUUCGCCGCACUGAAGAAAUAUGACAAGGCAGCUCAGCCUGAGGCGUCAUCCAUCAUCUGCAUCGUCACCGGGCAGGGUCCUCAAAAAGAGUUUUACGUGGAGAAAAUUUCUCGACUAAAACUUAACAAAGUUAAGAUCAUGACGCCAUGGCUCGAAAUCGAAGACUACCCCUUCGUCUUAUCGCUAUGCGAUCUCGGAGUCUGUCUUCACAAGAGCUCAAGUUCACUUGAUCUACCGAUGAAGAUCGCGGACAUGUUUGGAUGCUGUGUUCCAGUUCUCGCCUGGAAUUAUCGUUGUAUUUCCGAACUGGUUCAGCCAAACUCCACAGGCCUUCUGUUCGAAAGUUCGGACCAGCUAUGUCGACACCUAUUAAAGAUGUGCGACGUGAAAAGCGCGCCCCUUUUGGACGGCUGGCGGGAAAAUAUCCGUCGUUGGCAGGAGCUCAGGUGGGAGCGACACUGGGAAAUGUGCGCGAAAGACGCCUUCCUUUAGCAAUCAGAGCAGAUUUUUCGACGUGUAAUGUUCUUUCGACUAGUAUGUAACGCUAGUAGUGGCCGCUGCGGGUUCCGGCGUCGCCGUUGUUUAAUUGUCCUAAAAGCGAACCUUUGGAGUAGGCGACCGUCACUACCGACGUCAGAAGCAAAGCCGAUAACUGCGGUGACGACACAAGCUUCAGCAACAACAACACGUUGACGUCGAUGAUGCGCGCAAAUUAUUGCUGGGAAAAUAAAGCAAGUGAACACGACAGCAGCAGCAACAGUGUGAAGCAGCUAGUCGUGCAUGAACAGACAUGACAUUUGAAGAUGCUAAUGAUGACAAAGAGGUGACGCAGCUACCCGCUAUCAAGAGAACCAGUGGAGACAACUUGCUUGGAGCGCGGAACGUGUAUUGUAACUUGUCUGUAUACGCGUGUAUAAUAAUUACUAUAAUCACAUAUAAUGGCAGACAGGCGAACAGAUCUACAGAAUGUUUGUUACACCUGUGUAAGCGUAGUGAUACUGUUCGCUGUUGGCCGUUUUUGUAUCAAUGUUCUCGUCAUAAUAUAUACAUAUAUUAUAUUAGUUACGUUUAAUCAGGUAAACACAGAGGUUUACAAACAUAGACACAUAGUAUACACGGACGGGCACACAGCAGAAAAGAUUCGUGUGACUAACAAUAAACAAAUUGGGUUUUAUUCUGUAACAUUCCGCCCUGUCGUGUUAUUAUUUGUCAAGCAGACUAAUUUAAUGAGACAAAAUGAAGUUUAUCCCUAUUACAAAUCUCUCUGAUGCUGGUACGAGCAAUAGAUUACAUUUGACGGCACCUACGACCAUCGGUGCUUUUGUGGCUUCUGCAAUCGACACUGUAAUACCUAGUGUUUGUGGUAGUUGACGUAAAAAAACGCUAGACACGUGACGUAAAAAACGCUAGACACGUAACAGUAUAGAGAGGAAGGACGACUCGGAUGUUGCAUUUAAUGCCGCUCAUCAGGAAUAAAAGAAUUUUCUAUUACCUUGUGCUGGUGUCAGUGAUGUACUGUUUAUGGUGGCAACUUCUGAAACGCUGCCAUUGCUUGCGUUAAUUUGCCCAGACAUAGUGAAGACAAGAUGUGGAGUGGAAGGCAAGAGAUCCGACGCAACAAUAUGGACUCUCAUGUGUGCAUUUUGAAAAUGUGACGAAAAUCUGUUGAUGGGAUUUUUUUCGCAUUUACGGAAAACGGGUGUAUCCAAAAAUAUCGUUAUAUAUAUAUAUAUAUAUAUAUAUAUAUAUAUAUAUAUAUAUAUAUAUAUAUAUCACGGAAU